AUAUAGCUAUCUGUGAUAUGCAGUAGGAUCUUGUUGCUUAUGUAUCCACAUACCAUCUUCUUUUCAGGCCUCUCUUGAAAGAAUGUAUCAUUCCCCUAAACCAUCUAUAUCGAUACAAGUCCUAUAAUUUUAUACACACACACAGAGACCAUCUUGUUUAAGCUUUACAUGAUGAUUAAUAGAUAUAAUUAACAAUCAAUAUUUGUUAUUUUAUAGGCCAUAUACAGUUUCUUCCUUAAAGAGUAAAGGGAAAAAGAUACACAUGCAGAAUGGCUUUUUUUGGGAAAUUUUCCACAUGGUUUUCUAUGUUGGUGAGGUAAGUGCUUUGAAGUGAGAAUGUCUUUUUAAUUCUGCCUCAUAUUCCGUCUCUAGGUCUCCUCAGCAGUAUUAUGAAAUUAAAGAUUCCAGAAAACUGGUGACAUGCUCUGAAAGAGCUUAUGGUCUCUCCCUGGAAGCAAUAAAACUGCAAAAAAUGUAUCUAUAACCACUCCAAACAGAUAUGCUGCACCCCAACAAGACACAGUUCCAUCCUUCUUCCUUUCUUCUGAUGGGGAUUCCAGGGCUGGAAGACAUGCACAUCUGGAUUGGCUUCCCCUUCCUUGCAGUUUAUCUAAUAGCUCUCCUGGGAAACACUACCAUCCUGUUUGUGAUCCAGACUGAACGCAGCCUCCACCAACCUAUGUUUUACUUCCUGGCGAUAUUGGCCUUCACUGACCUUGGCCUGUCCACAGCCACCAUCCCCAAGAUGCUGGGUAUCUUCUGGUUCAAUCUCAGGGAGAUUGUGUUUGGUGCUUGCAUCACACAGAUGUACACAAUUCACAUAUGCACAGGCCUGGAGUCUGUGGUGCUGACAGUCAUGGCCAUAGACCGAUACAUUGCCAUCUGCAACCCCCUGAGAUAUAGCAUGAUCCUCACCAGUAAGGUAAUAGCUAUCCUUGGCAUAGUCAUCAUAUUUAGGACUUUGGUAUUUGUGACUCCAUUUAUUUUCCUUAUCCUGAGACUGCCUUUCUGUGAAGUCCGGAUCAUCCCCCACACCUAUUGUGAACACAUGGGUUUGGCAAAGUUGUCUUGUGGCAGUAUUAGGGUCAAUGUUAUCUAUGGCUUGAUUGCUUUCUCUGUGGGAUACAUUGAUCUUUCUGUGAUUGGAUUUUCAUAUGUCCAAAUCCUCAGAGCAGUCUUCCACCUCCCGUCCUGGGAUGCACGGCUCAAGGCACUCAGCACCUGUGGAUCCCAUGUCUGCGUCAUGUUGGCCUUCUACCUGCCAGCACUCUUCUCCUUCAUGACCCACCGCUUUGACCACAAUGUCCCUCACUGUAUCCACAUACUUCUGGCCAAUCUAUAUGUGGUUGUACCUCCUGCCCUUAACCCUAUCAUCUAUGGGGUCAGGACAAAGCAGAUAAGAGAGCGAGUACUUAGGAUGCUCAACCCAAAAAGCUAUUGA